GUGAGUCAAAAGAGCGCAGAUCAUCUAAGCUUCAGUUGGAGAGACUUGGGGUCUUGGAGACUGGAGAGCGACGUUGGGGGAGAGAGAGAGGUAGAGCUCCGACGACCAUGGCCUAGGGUUUAAAGCUUCUCACCAAUUUCUGCAUCUUCGCCAUGGCCAGAAAUUUUGUUUGCGUUCUUUUGUGCUUCGUUGCUCAACUUCAAUUCUCUCUCGCUGGACAAGUUGACUCUUUGGAGUCGGUUCCAGAUCUUGAGAAGUCAAUGUACUUCAAUGUUGAUGGGUACCCUUGUGUGCGACUUCUUAAUCUUUCUGGAGAAAUUGGUUGUGCAAAUCCUGGUCGUGAAAAGGUUGUUGCUCCUAUUAUAAGAUUCAACAAUGUGAAUGAGUUGGUUCAUUCAUCUGCAGUUUUGGUGUCAUUGGAUGACAUGCAAAAUUUCUUUACCAGGGUAUCAAAUGACCAAAACUUUGCUAAGAGAGUAGGAGGUGUUCUGAUUGAAUCAGGAACUGGAAUGCAAAAUAAGCCAAAAGGAUUCUCACCAGUGGACAAAUUUCCACAAGCUGAAUUUUCUCCUUACCAGAGCCUCAAUUAUGAGUGGAAUCCUGCUGGAUUUGGUAUUUUGCGGAACAGCUACAACUUUCCUGUAUUCUUGCUCUCCCCAGAGAGUACACUACUUCUGCAGGAGAUUGUCAAUAAAAAGGAGAAGAAUAAUAAAGCACACACAACAGAUGUGGCUGAAUUUGAUUUGGUGAUGCAGACGACAAAAGCUGGAACUCAUGAUUCAGAAUCUUGUCUGAAAGAACAGUCUUGUUUGCCCUUAGGUGGAUACAGUGUCUGGUCUUCUCUUCCACCGAUUAAUAUUUCAUCCUCAGAACAGCCCAAGCCCAUCUUACUAGCAGUGGCAUCCAUGGAUUCUGCAUCAUUUUUCCGUGACAAGAGUCUUGGUGCUGAUUCUCCUUUAUCUGGGAUGAUUUCAUUGGUAGCAGCAGUUGAUGCUCUUUCUCAUAUCGAUGGUAUAGACAAGAUUAAGAAGCAGCUUGUUUUUCUGGUUUUCACUGGAGAAGCCUGGGGUUACCUUGGUAGCCGGAGAUUUCUAGCUGAAUUAGACAUGCAAACAGAUGCAGUUAAUGGACUUAACAGCACAUUAAUCGAGAUGGUCUUGGAAAUUGGAUCUGUGGGCAAAGGUUUCAGUCAAGGAGUCAAAUCCUUUUUCACUCAUGCAACAGGGAGUUCACCUGCAGUAAACGAAGCACUGAGUGCUUUUAGGCAUGCUGGAGAUUCACUUGGAUCGGAGAGCAUUAAGAUCACAACAGCAAAUAGUUCAAAUCCUGGGAUACCUCCAUCGUCAUUGAUGGCAUUCCUGAGAAAGAAUGCUUCCACUUCUGGGGUUGUCUUGGAAGACUUUGAUACUGCCUUUGUCAACAAGUUCUACCACAGCCACCUCGAUGAUAUAUCAAAUGUCAACUCCUCGGCAAUAAUAUCUGUGGCAUCUCUUGUUGCCCGUACCCUCUACAUUCUUUCAAGUGAUAAAGAACCAAGUAUCUCAGAUUUGAGUUCUAUCAAUGCUAACUCCUCUUUGGUUGAGGAGCUGCUAGGAUGCCUUUUGACCUGUGAACCAGGGUUGUCUUGUGGCCUUGUGAAAGACUAUAUUUCACCUAUUAGUACCUGCCCAAACCACUAUGUUGGUGUUCUCGUUGGUGAGCCUUCCUCCACACCAUAUCUGGAGUAUGUGGGUGAUGUAUCCAGGUUCCUAUGGAAUUUCCUGGCUGAGAGAACCUCCACUCCACGUGAGAACACUGGCUUUUCUUGCUCACGAGAUUGCAGCAAAACAGGUGAAGUAUGCAUCAAAGCGGAACGAGAUGGAAAGGGUUCUUGUGUCAUCUCUACAACUAGGUACAUUCCAGCAUAUUCAACCCGGCUAAAAUUUGAAUCUGGACUUUGGAAUGUGCUGCCACCAAAUUCCUCCGAUGUUAUGGGGAUAGUGGAUCCUGUAUGGACAGAAAGCUUUUGGAAUGUAAUUGGCCUGCGUGUAUACAAAGUGCAGACUGCAGCUUAUGAUCGUUGGGUGCUUUUUGGAGGGAUGGCUGUCACAAUUUUGGCUUAUCUUGCUAUCUUAGUUACCCAAGCCAUCAUAACAAAGGUCCAGAAGCGGGACUGAGGGAAAACAAUUCUUGGGAAAAAUAUAGGAACCCACAAACUUAUUUACAGUUCGGGAGGAGAAAAGAAUUGGUAUCAGCAGCUUUACUGUCUAUAAAUCAAAAUGUGCGAUAUUGACUGCACGAAUUCAGAGCACAACUAUUUUUUAUUGGAGUUGUGCCUUUGGCAUUUCAAGGUUUUGGAUAUCUGAUUGUUAGCUGAAAUAGAUAUUUUAUUACAAUUGUCAGAUAGGUCUAGAAGAUAAUCUUUGAUUACUGUUGAGAAAAAAAAAAAUGCCAAGACAUCUCCCAUGCAUCUCUGUAUUAAGAGAUGACCUCCAGGCAAAAGUUAUUUCCCCUAAAUUCUAGUCCAUGGCAAGUUAUCCUGAA